AGCGAAUCGGCAGAGGGCAGGCGACUACCCAGUCGGACGUUUCGAGACAGAUUUGGAUCUUGGAUCUGAGGCGAACUACAACACGAUGCGAUCAUGGUUGGAAGAAUGCCAACAAAAGCACCCUCAUUGCCUGGACCGAGAACAUGGACCUUCUGAACUGCCCACUCGAGUCGUAGACGUGGGGGUUACGCCUGCCGGUAUCGAGUCUCACCCAGCCAGUGUCCAAAUUCUGUGCUCUCAGGGCAUGCGAGCGAACUACAUCGCCCUGAGUCAUUGCUGGGGCGGUACGAUCAAAAUGGUAUUAAAGGAGAGCCGCUUGGCCGAGUUCCAGAAUGCCAUUUCCACUUCGUCCUUGCCGCGUAAUUUUCGAGACGCCAUCGCCAUCACACGCAAUCUUGGCAUCAGGUACCUAUGGAUCGACUCUCUUUGCAUCAUUCAAGAUUCAAGGAGCGACUGGGAGAAGGAAUCCAAAAAGAUGGGCCAUGUUUAUCGCAACGCCUUUCUGACAAUAUCCGCCAUGGCCGCUGAGGGGAGCGAAGGUGGCAUCCUUGGCCCAUGGCCAACCAUCGACUUCCCGAAGCCAGCAACUGUGCGGGUUUUCCCUAGUGGCGAUGAAAACAAUGCUGUUGUGAGACUGCAUCUGGACCAUUGCGAGAAUUUCCCAAGUUGGUAUCAGGAGACGGCGCAGUCCCCUCUCAACUCUCGUGGUUGGGUCCUGCAAGAAAUGGUCCUCUCGCCUCGCAAUCUCUAUUUUGGGUCCAAGAUGAUCUACUGGAGAUGCCCUGAGGUGCUGAAGGGCUCCGACGGUGCCCCGUUGCUCAGAGUGAGGCCGUACCCCAUUGAGGAGUACCGUCACAUCAGCGCCAUCAUCCACCCAAACACACAGCAUGAGCCCCUUGCCCACGACUUGAGGCUGCUUCUCACUAACUACUACGACGUCGUGCAAGAAUACACCAGUCGCAAGCUGAGUGUCGCCUCCGAUAAGCUGCCGGGCAUUGCCGGAAUAGCCUCCAAUCUCACCCCCAAACUAGGCCCAUACCUCGCUGGGCUGUGGGCUCACGAUAUUCAUUGUGGAUUGCUUUGGUCAGCUACCACCUUGCCGUUAUCGGAAACAUUUCUUGCGCCAUCAUGGUCCUGGGCGUCGAGAGACGGGCGAGUUUCAAUUGGCAAUGAUGCUCCGAGUUCCCAAUUCAACCUUGACGAAUGGCAGCUCCAGAUAGUCGAACACUACAUCAGCUUGAGAAACCCAGACAUCCCUUUCGGGGAAGUGACAGGAGGGCAACUCAUCGUUCAGGGGUGGACAAUGCCUCUCGUCUGGGGGAAAGACGCCGUUAUUACAAGCUUAAAUAGCAGUCGGUUGAGGUUUGAUGCUAGGGAAGAAGAUAUGGCUAUGAUAUUAUCCAAGGAUUCGAACUUGGGAACUUGCUUUCUCUACCAGAUUCGGGAUUCCAACAAGUCUGUUGAGAAAUCCACCCGUCAGUUUGCAGCUAGUGAGGAGGGCAAGCUUGAGGGGCAGGUUUAUGUUGCGCUCAUGGUCGUAGCACGUCGCGGCCUACGGGCCAUGCGUUCUUGGGAUAUAUCAGAAGGUUCAAUUUCUGUAGUUGGGAUAGAUGGCUUAGUGCUCUGUCCGCGGGGUGAAAAAUACAUACGAGUAGGAAGAUUUAAAUGCUCCCUGGAUGAGGAUUCUUUAGGGAACUGGCCUCAGAUAUGGGUAAAGCAGAGGUUAGUUCUGAUAUAG